AUGGCCGACUUUGGACCACGAGCCCCGCAUGGGCCCGACAUGACCGGUACUCAUGAGCCUCUCGAAGAGAUGGACUUGCACGAGAAGGGCGCUUUCGACAAACUGAUCCGUCCCGACGACAGUUACACGCCCGAGGGUACCUACUGGGCCGAUCUGCCCCUGUUGCAGAAGAUCAAGUUCGUCGGAAGCUACGAUGCGUCGGAAGCCAAGCGCGAAUUAGGUGGCAUCUGGAGCAUGUUCAAGCAGGAUCCUCUGUCGCCGAUUUCCUACUACUUCAGGAACAUGGUUCUCCCCGGUGCCGGUCUGGGUCUCGAAGGGUGGCUGACAGGCACCGCUAGAUACGUACUGUUCUCGAUCGGAAACGUCAAGCCUAUGUUCCAGGCUGCCUUCCCCGCCUGCUGGAAGAAGAAUGAUAUCUGUAACCCCACCUGGAUUGCCGCCAUCGAUUAUCUGGAGAUCUGUGGUAUCAUUGUCGGUCAGAUUCUGGUCGGAAUUCUCGGUGACUGGAUUGGCCGACGAUGGGGUCUGAUUCAGGAUGCCACGAUCAUGUUCAUCGGUCUGGUUAUGCUUACCGCCGCCUGGGGUGUCACCCAGAACGGCUGGGUCAUUUGCUAUGUCUGGUCUCUCUUCUUCUACGGUAUCGGAGUCGGCGGUGAAUAUCCCAUGACUGCCACCAGUGGUAUGGAGAACGCUGUCGGCUCUGGCAGAGUUUCGACUAAGGAGGACCGUCUGCACCGUGGUCGUAAGGUGACCAGUGCCUUCUUGAUGCAGGGUUGGGGUCAGUUCUUCAACCAGGUCAUCUUGAUCCUCCUACUGCUCAUCUUCCACCACGGUAGCGGCAACCCUCCUUACUCCGAGGUUGCGGCGCAGUGGACGUACCGUAUCUCCUUUGCCAUUCCUGCUGCUGGUACCUUCUGGCUUAUCUACUACCGUGCCUACCACAUGAAGGCUGCCAGCAAGCAGUUGGCUGCCUCCAAGAAGAAGUCCUCUGUUACUGGCUACGACACCGAGUCUCUGCGACUGACCUUCAAGUACUUCGGCUUCCGUCUCCUCGCGACCGCUGGCGGCUGGUUCUGCAACGAUGUCUUCUUCUACGGUAACAAGCUGUUCCAGAGCGAGUUCAUCUCUGUCAUCAGCCCCGAGACGAAGUCGAUCAUGCCCAACUGGCUGUGGAACUUGGUCAACGUCGGUGUCUCCCUGGUUGGAUACUACCUGGCCUCUUUCCUGAUCGACAACAAGCUCUAUGGUCGCAAGUGGAUGCAGAUCAUCGGUUUCCUGAUGGACUUCAUUCUCUUCAUCGUCCCCGGAUUCCACUACAAGUACUACACCUCUGCGGCUCACAUCAAGGCUUUCCAGGCCAUGUACUUCCUGAGUUCCUUCUUCAACCAGUUCGGUCCGAACUCCGUGACCUUCCUGGUUGCCGCUGAGGUCUUCCCCACUCCCAUCCGUGCCACUGCUCACGGUCUGUCGGCCGCCUGUGGUAAGCUCGGUGCGCUUCUCGCGGCUGUGUUGUACAACUACAUCACCACCCAGGAGAAGUUCCACAUUGUGCCCUGGUUCGGUCUGGGUGGUGUGGUCCUCACCUUCCUUUUCCUCCCCGACACCACCGGUCUCGAUCUCAAGGAGCAGGAGCGCCGCUGGCAGUACAUCCGCGCUGGUCGUGAGAGCGAAUACCACGGUCCUGCUGUGCACCCCAAGCACCUGUCGCUGUGGGAGCGCCUGCGCGGUGUUGGCAAGAACUACAAUGCCGAGCUCGACUACAAGCAGAAGGUUGAGGAGUUCCGCGCUGAGUGGGAGGCUGCCAUGGCCGCCAAGCAUUCCGAGAAGGUUCACGACCUGGACCUGCCCACCGAUACCGAUGAGAGCCUCCUUGAAGGUCACGUCCACUCUUACUUCGAGCGUACCAGCCCCAUGUUCCGUGGUACGGACAAGCCUAUCCAUGGCAAGGCUGCCAGUCUCGUUCUGCCUCCUGCCGCAGAGGCUGAUUCCUCCGCGUCAGAGAACAGCAAAUAA